UCAAAUCAAUUUUCAUUUGUUACAGAGCAUUGCUAAAGAUGGUUGAUGACAACGGGAGUAAUUGGGAUAAAUUACUUGACCCCAUUUUGUUUUCUUUGAGGAUUAAAAUACACGCAUCAACAAAAAUGUCACCAUUUCGACUAAUGUUUUGUGCAGACCCACGGUUUCCAGAAGUCUCAGAGAAUUACACGGUAAGUGUAUGUUAUUACCAGCACCUUUCAUGUACACAUGGCAUUAACUGUGUCUUCAUUUUACAAAUACAACCCCUUCUCCAUAAUUUUCCAAAGAUCCCAGAUCUGGAUACACUUGAGGAAGAAUGCUGCAAAGACUACAGCAUCAAUAGGAAAUCGAGACAUGAGGCUGACAUUGCACUGGCCCUAAGUAACAUUUCUAAAGCACAAGAAAAAGAACAAAGAAAUUAUGCUAAAAGAAAGAUUUCUAAAUAUGGGGAAAUAACCUUUGCUGUUGGUGACUCUGUUCUGUUACUGAACACUAGAAAGAGAACAAGAAAAGGAGCAGUACUGGAAUCUAACUAUCGGGGACCAUACAAAAUUACGACAGUUGAGGGUAAGAGAGUGAAAUUAGAAACCAUCUCAGGGAAACAGUUAGGAACCAUGUACAGUAUUGCACACUUAAAACCAUUCAAAGAGCCACCAACAUUAGCUGCUGAAAGCACAUCAGAGGGAAAACUCGGAACUGAAAUUGCAGUUGGUGACACUGAACCAGAAAUACCCACAGAAGAAAUUAGAAAAGUGGUUGGUACUGUAUCUCACGACAGCACAUUAAAAAACAUAGAGGUCACAGCAAUGGAAGAGGAGGAGUAUAUAGGGCAAGAUGUUUCAAAGAAUGAUACAAGUGAUGCGGAUGACAUUUUUGAUGACGUGCUUAUGGAGGACAUGGAAAACAAGCAAUGGAUUCUGAAAGUCAAAUUUGUAAUGACCGACAAACACACAGAGAGACUGGAGGCCAAAGUGAGAAACAUAAAAUUGUAUGGCUCCUCAUUUCAUUGCCUGAAACCGAGAAACUGGUUAAGUGAUGAGGUACAUUUAAGUAACACUAAACAUGUAUUUGUUAAUGGGAUUAACUCAAAUAUUAUUGAAAUUGUGCCUUUUCUUUCAUCAUGUGUUGUAGGUUAUUGAUGCAUAUUUGAGCUGUGUGGUCGAGAAAGCAGAUGGAAAGGUAGGCUACUUACUGUGAUGGUACAUGAAAGUAUACAUAGAUUCAGUAAGUAAACAGUCACGUGAAUAUGUGGCACAACAUAUUCAAGACCAAAUAUCCUUGAAAUAUCAAAAUAAACCUGAAAUUGCAACAUUUCUGUGUAUUUACUGCUGCCAAACAUUUACUGAAAUGUAUUUGGAGGUGCAUAUCGGACAUACAAUCCAGGGCCACAUUAGUUUUGAUGUACAGUACAGUGGGUCCAUUAAUUGAACACAAAUAUGAGAACAGCUUAGUUGGUUUUUACAUUAAGUAAGACAGAGUAAAUUGAUUACAAAUCAUUUUUUUUUAUAGAACUCAUAUAUACACACAUAUCUGAUUUGUAACACUAAGGAUCCCUUGCAUGUCUGUCUAUAUUAAAUUCAUUAUGUUCUUCAUGUGCCACAAUUAUUAAUGCAUUAAUAACUUUGUUGAAUGUCAACAGGUACAAGCCAUCUCGUCAGUAGUUUCUACUGUCAUUCUGUCAGGCAGAGCUCCACAAAUGAAAGUGAAGGUAAAUGCUAACACACUUUCAUACAUAGCAUGAGCAAAGCACAAUUUCAUUAAUUGAGUUAAACACAGUGUGAAACAGCAAAUACAAUGGUGUGUUUGAUGUGGAGGAGUAGUCUAAUAGUAAUACAUGUAAUGAAACUGGGAAAUACAGUAUAAUGUACAUUUCAUUGUUUGCUUCACUGGAAACUAUAACUGCAUUUCUAAUUAUUUAUUUUUAAUAAAUACAGAGUGAAUUACUUCAAAAUGAUAUAUUAUUGCUUCCUUACCACACACCAGGUCAUUGGGUUCUUGCAGUAAGAUGUUUUGUAUUGCAGUUGUGGAUUAUGGUCAAUAAAUGUUAUAAUAAAUGAGAGAUUUGUAACCCAACUGUGGUAGAAGUGAUAUAAUUUCCCGUGUUGCGGGUUUUCAGUGAGUUCAGUGCAUGCAAAUGAAAGUGGAAUGUGAAUGUUAAAAAUAAAAUACUACUGUCAAGUUUUGUUGUGAGUGUAACUUGGAAGAAUACAUUCUGUAAUGAAUUGAUCAAUGAUUUCACAAUAUGCUUUUCUCUUCUGUGUUACUGAGACAUUACAAACGAAAAUAUGUUCAUUGCAUAAUGAUUUUUGAUAAAUUAUAAAAUGUUUGAAAUAAUCACAUUACCAAUAUAAUUUGUGAAUAUAUUUAAACUCACAGAUAGCCUCGAUGAAAAAAAAAGAAUUGUUAAUAAUUGACCCCUUGUGUGAUGAGAUGAGAUAUGAAAGAACAUGCCUGAGGAAUUGGAGGUGAUUUAUUAGAUACUUACUGUUACAGUGGACAUUAACUGUUCCAUUGAAAUUUUUUUUUAAGGGAAUGUAACAAUUGUGAGACUAAUAUCUUCCUAGUAGCUACAAAUAAAAAUUGAAACAGCAUGUACUUGUAGUGAAUAUGCCUAGUAAUGGACUUCACGUGAACUUGUAUGAUUUGACUCUGGGGAACGACUUAACAGAAUGUGGACAUGAAACAGUAGCAUGUUAUAUGAUUGAGAAUGUGUUAUUAUCAACAUGGGGCACAGCAAAUCAGGUGAUACAUUGUGUAAGAGUGAUUCAAUAAUAUGAAAGCAAGUGUGUAUAUAUGUGAGCAAUAAGUCAUUUCCAUAAUUAAUUAAAAAGAGAGAGAAUGGAUUUUUAUCUAUGUCCAUAAACCGGAGGGGGAAAAAAG